UCCAGUCAGCGGAGGUGUAUUAGCCAAGUCCUGAUCUUUAUGCGCAUGCGUCUCGAAUCUGGUUGCCGGGGCAACCGCCUGCUGCAUCUGCUUGUGUUAGUGCUGCGCUGACAGAUCCGGGUGUCGGGGUUGAAGCAGCAGAGCAGUAUGCUGUCUGUACUGGACGCCCUGUGGGAGGACCGUGAUGUCCGCUUUGAUAUAUCACCUCAACAAAUGAAAAUGAGAUCAGGAGAGGUUCUUAUAGACUGCUUAGAUUCUAUUGAAGACACUAAAGGAAACAAUGGAGACAGAGGAAGGCUGUUAGUGACCAAUUUGCGAAUCAUUUGGCAUUCUCUGGCGCUGCCCCGUGUCAAUCUGGCUGUUGGCUACAACUGUAUUCUAAAUAUCACCACAAGGACUGCUAAUUCAAAAUUACGAGGUCAGACUGAAGCCCUCUAUAUUUUAACAAAAUGCAAUAAUACUCGCUUUGAAUUUAUUUUUACAAAUAUUGUCCCUGGAAGCCCAAGGCUGUUCACAUCUGUCAUUGCUGUUCACAGAGCAUAUGAGACUUCUAAAAUGUAUCGAGACCUUAAAUUAAGAGGUGCGCUGAUACAAAACAAGCAGCUGCGACUACUUCCACGAGAGCAAGUCUAUGAUAAAAUCAAUGGAGUAUGGAAUUUAUCCAGUGACCAGGGUAAUUUGGGGACUUUCUUUAUAACGAACGUGAGAAUAGUUUGGCAUGCCAACAUGAAUGACAGUUUCAACGUCAGCAUCCCAUAUCUACAAAUACGUUCCAUAAAGAUCAGAGAUUCAAAGUUUGGUUUAGCCCUCGUGAUAGAAAGCUCCCAACAGAGCGGUGGAUAUGUGCUUGGCUUUAAAAUCGAUCCAGUGGAAAAACUUCAGGAUUCAGUGAAAGAAAUCAACUCCCUGCACAGGGUUUACUCUGCAAGUCCGAUAUUCGGAGUGGAGUAUGAGAUGGAGGAAAAGCCACAAGCUCUGGAAGAACUCACCGUAGAACAGGUCCAGGAUGAUGUUGAGAUAGAAGCCGACGAGCACACUGAUGCUUUUGUGGCAUAUUUUGCAGAUGGGAACAAGCAACAAGAUCGGGAACCUGUGUUUUCUGAAGAGCUUGGCCUCGCAGUAGAAAAACUGAAAGAUGGCUUCACACUCCAAGGCUUAUGGGAUGUGAUGGGGUAAAGUCCUCUAACUGCCGACGCAAAAGCUUAUUUUUCCUUUUAGAUUUAUGAAGCGACCAUUACAGGAUGAGAAAGGGGAAUUAGUAUUUAGCAACAAAACAGGAACUGGAGUCUCCAGAACUACAAU